AUGCCUGCAACGCGUCGGAUCCACGCUCAAGGCAACGUUCGAUUUAUGAAGAGCCCUUUCGUCAAAGAGACGCUGGGUAGCCAAGUCCUCUGGACGGAAGAUGACAGGUCGGUGGCCGUUCGUGAUGGACAUUCGGUCACGGUUCGGAUCUAUCGCCCCAAGUCACAUUCUGGGACCCGGCCCGUCAUGGUGUAUGCGCACAGCGGGGGAUGGUGCAUGGGCGGACUGGACACUGAGGAGUUCCUCUGUCAGCUGCUGUGUAUGAGGUUGGGCAUUAUUAUCGUCAGUGUUGCAUAUCGCCUCGCCCCGGAAUGGCCAUAUCCUACUGGCGUCUACGAUACUUACGAUGUCAUUAAAUGGGUAUCGGUCAACUCAAAGACCAUUGGUGGGGACCUGUCCAAGGGCUUCCUCACCGGCGGCGCGUCGGGAGGCGGGAAUUUGACCUGCAUGGCUACCAUCCUUGCAAGAGACGACAAGUUACAGCCUCCUCUGACAGGGCACUUCUUCAUGUGUACCGGCAUGCCACAUAGCUAUAUUGACAGGAAAGGGAACAACAAGGUCCUCUUCCCAGAACACUUGUCAAAUGGAAGUUGGGAAAGAUAUAGGAACGGCCCGGUCGCGACUCGGGAGAUGAACAUCCUCUAUGGCCAAAUAUCUGAUUUCGACGCUUGCGAUCCCUUUGUUACUCCAUUGACCCAGACGGACUUCGCCGGGCUAGGCCCGGUGUUCUACCAGGUCGCCGAGAUGGAUAUCUGGAAAGACAGCGCGAUUUUCUACUGCAACAGGAUCAAAGAGGCAGGCGGCCAAGCAAAGGUGGAAAUAUACCCUGGCGUACCGCACCUCUGGUGGUCCAUGUACCCGCAACUGUCGAUUAAUAGAAAGUGGGUUCACAAUCUGGUCAACGGUGUCGAGUGGUUGCUGAACCAGACACGGGACACCCCUAUCUCCUCCAGACUUUGA